UUUGUUUUUGUUGCAAAACCAUAAUUUUUGAUUUUGUGUUAUUUCCAUCAAAAAAUGAUAAAUAUCUUUAACAAAAUUUAUAAGCAAUAGCACAAUUACCAUGUCCACGCCACUGGAACAACAAACAGAUGAACGAGAGGCUUUGCAGUCGAUUUACGAGGGCGAUACGAACUUUAAGGAAAUUGACAGCGUCACAUUUCAAUACAAAUAUGGCGAAGAGGACAACUACAGGUCGUUUCUGGUGGAGCUGAAAUGGGGAGAAAACUAUCCGGAUGAGGCGCCAACGAUCAAUAUGAACACAUUUUAUAACAGGAAUCUACUGCCCGCUGUGAAGGAAGAGAUCACAUCAGCUUUGAGUACGGAAGCCACUCAAUGGUUGGGCUGCGGCAUGACCUACACACUGUUCGAAGCCCUUAAGGACAAUCUGGAGCAACUAACAGCCGGUCAGCCCGAAUCCGCACCCGCAGUAGUAGCCGUAGACGAUGGCGUGGGUGCCCUGAAGAUCUCCGAUCCCAACGCCGAUGCGGAUGCCAGGAAAAAGGAGCCCAAGAAGGAGCAGCUGACCAAGGCGCAGAAACGCCGGCAGUGGGAACGAACCGAUCACAAGGGAGAUCGAGAACGUGGCUGGGAUUGGGUGGACCUUGUCAAGCAUUUAUCGCAGACAGGCGGUAAGAAUGAAGAUGCUCCCACUGCCGCCGAAAUCGCCGCGUCCAAUGCUCCAGCUUUGCAUCCCCUGAACAAUUAAAAACAUUAGACACUUAAGAGAAGAGAAAAACAACAACGAGAACACUUUAAAUCGAAAUCAAAAGCCAAUACUAUUGUUAAUGUGAUCUGAUAAUGGCUAAUUAGCGCAAGCAUGUCUAUCAAGAAAUCUUUAAUUUUUAUGCUGACUAUUAAAAGGUUUGAAUUUUGAUUUAAA